AUGCCGAGGUGGCUGUUUUCCCUUUGCAUAUGGAGCGCUGUCACGUGCUAUCAGGUAGGCUUUUUUUUCCGAAGUUUGUCUUCUCAGACAAUGUUUAUGAUAACAAUCAAGGAUAUUUAGAGGAAAUGUUCGCAGAUUUCGAAAAAUGUGUUUGAAAACGCCCUCGGCUUCGAAAUUAGUUUCGAAGGUCGGCGGGGGCAUAGAUUUCAAGAAUCGCAUGGCGUCUUGUCUUUUCCAGGAAAUAAACAUGACGAAAUCCGAUCCGACGCUUUCGAACGGCAGUCCUUCGCCCAAAGUGACUUCUGAACGCAAGAAAACUGUCAUGCGCUCUUUGUACCAAGAUCUCUUCCGCGACUACGUCAAGGUCCUUCAAAAAACAUCGGUCUUCGAUAAUUCAGUAGAUAACUUUUGAAAAAAACGGUGAAUUCAGAAACUAAAAAAUAUGGAUGUUGAAAAAAUAAACGGUUCGAGGGUGUCAGAUGAAAGUUAACCUUGAGUGAGGUCGUAGCUGCAUUCGGUUCAAAAGUUUCAUUGAAAAUAUAUAUUCGUAUGUUAAGUGUAUUUUUUCUACGAUGAGAGCUCAAAAUAAUUUUUUUUGUGAAAGACGAUAAACCUUUUAACUUGUUGAAGCAGAUGGGAAUAAAAAUCAUAAAUGCACAGAGAAGCACGAUUUAUCUAAUUAUCUGAACUUUUGCUUUUUUUAAAAAGAUAAAUAACACGAACAAAGAAGUGAUCAAUAUUGUGCAGAAAUUUUCAUAUACCCAAUAAAAAAUAACUUCGGAAAAAUAUUUCAGGAAAUCCGCCCAGUUCUAAACGAGUCCCAUACUUUGGAGGUGGAAAUCAAAUUUUGGCUCAAGCAAAUUCUCAAGGUUUUCUCGAAGGAAAAUCAUGAAAGAUGAAAACGUCCUUUUCAGGUUGACGAACGAGAUCAAAUUGUUAAUAUUUAUUGCUGGCUCGAAUUGGUAGGAACUAAUCUUUAAUGUAAUUUACCUUCAAAUGUGAAACUUGAAGGAAUCUUCUUAUUUCACUUCGUUACCUUUCAAUGCACAUCUAUCAGUAGAAAAUUGAGAUUAAGAAUCGAUUUCGUAUCAGGGUAAUGUAGUGUUAACAUAGGACCAGGAAUGAGAAUAAAGGUACUCAAAUAAGUUAUCAGGUACGGUUAAGAACGUGUAAGAUACGUUAUUCAGCUUAGGUGUGUGCGUUAAAAUAGAUAACUUAGAGGGCUUUUAUUUUUUGCGUGUCAUUUUGAAAAUCUUCCCAUAGGGCUUCUGUCUGCUUGAUUCAUUCCGAGCGAGCAGGAAAACAAGUUGUCAACGAGACCGAAUUGUUGAUAUUUGAUGCUGGCUUGAAUUGGUAGGAUUCAUUCUUUCAUGUAGCUUACUUCAUGAUUAUUAGUAAUUUCAUAAAAACAAUGCUUAUCUGCUGUCUCACAGUAUUGGCAAGACGAAACUUUGCGAUGGGAGCCUUCUGAAUAUGGAAAUCUGACGCGAAUUCACGUGCCCUCGAACAAGAUCUGGAAACCUGACGUCCUUGUUUACAACAAGUGAGUUUCCCGAACUGAAAGUGCCUCGUGCUCUGAUGAGUUUAAAAAAAACUAUAAAGAGGGGCUUUUUUGAAGGCUUUUCAAAAAAUUGACUGAAAUCUGCAGUGCCAACAUGAACGUGGAAGAGAACGAGAUGGAGACGAACGCGAUCGUGAACCACGACGGCCGCGUGAUGCUCUUCCGCUCGAUGAUCACCGACAUCAGCUGCAACCUCAACCUCCAGCAGUUCCCCUUCGAUCAGCAGGUAUUCAAGAGGGACUACUUUUCCUUGUCAACUUACAACAAAAAAAUUGAUAUUUCAUAAAUAAUCUAUAAAUACACUGGGCUGGAUCUUCAAAAUAAACGGUUCAGAGGGUAUCAGAUUCGAUAUCUUUAAAUUUUAGCAAUAAUUAUGCGCGAUGAUUUUAUGAAAAAAAAAAAAUUAAAAAACACAAAAAAAAAACUGUAGAAAAGACAGUAAUGAUCAGAAAUGAAAGGUGUGGUGGAGAGGAUAGGGACAAACAAUAAUAUGUGGUUAAAAUUCAGUUCUAAUGAAGUGAGUCCGAUUUUGGUUAUAUAUCGAUAUGAGAAAAUUGUUUUGAAUUUUCCAAAUAGUUUUUUUUUCCUUAUGGUAUUUGGUAACUGAUUUUUUCUCAUUCUCAGGUUGAAAAAGCUUUCUUACAAAAAACCGUGUGUAAAAAGCAUUUUGCAUCCUCCUCUGCAACUUGUUCUAGGUGUGCUACGUCACUUUUGCCUCAUGGAGCAUGGACGGCAGCAAACUGAGCCUGAAAGCAACCCCCGACACUGACAACCUGGAACUCUACAUCCGCAACUCCGAGUGGACGCUUUCCGACUUUCGGUUUGUGAUUCAGCACUUUAAGACCAGUCUAAAUGCAUCGCAGGGUCAAAAAGUACAUGAAAGUCUACGACUGCUGUCCGCAUCCUUUCCCUGACGUCACCUACUUCAUGGUUCUGCAACGCUCGCCGUCCUACUACAUCUUCAGGUGAGGCUGCUUUCUGAAGUGUUCGACUUCCACUGAUAAAAAUGCAGUUUGGUGAUACCUUCGGCCUUUAUAACCGUCGUGACGAUUGUCGGUUUCUUCACGCCUCACUCGACGACCGGAGAAAAUACUGAGAAAGUCUCUCUAGGGGUCACGGCUCUUCUAUCCAUGGCAAUUAUAAGUGGGUUCUUUUGUGAAUCGUCGAAGCCCCGUCGCAGAUAUAUAAAAAGGAGUUCCAGUGAUGAUGGUGUCUGACGAGGUUCCGGCGACGUCGGAAGUGAUCCCACUCAUCGGUAAGUACUACAUCGGCCUCAUCUUCCUCAUUUUCACGGCGGCCUUCACGACCACGUUGACGCUGGCUUACCAGAUGCGAGGAAAUUCUGGAGCCGAGGUCCAUUUUCUGCGGUCGACCCCCCAAUGAAAACGCUUCAGGUGGAUCCUCGUGUCCGCGACUUUUUCUUUUAUUCGAUCGCCGGCAACCCUUGCAUUUCCUGGGCCUUUUCUUUCCAGCUACCCAAAGAACUGCUCAAAAGCGAUACACGGAAACAGGUUUGAACUGAGUUUUAAUGUUUUCCAUCUCCAAAGACUUUCCAGUCUUUUUUUUUUGUCAACGAAUCUUCCCAUAACGGCUACUGCAAGGGACACCUUCUUAAUGGACAACAUCGGGCGCACGUCGUCAAAAUGGAAGAGAUUACGGGCAGCAUCAAGUCGAUUCUGGUUAGUUUCCUUCGAUUUGUGCUUUUUGUAGGAAGACCAUAGUUUAAUGGAUAACUGAUACGCGAAAAUGAGUGAGACAGAAAAAUCUCACACAAGGGAAUUCAAAAAAACUGAUUGAAUUUUCACGGAAAAGUGGGUUUGUUCUAAUCAAAGAUUUGACGCAAGAAAGGCUCCCAAACAACUUGAAAAGACAAAUCCCAAGUGUGAAGAAGAAACGGAAAGGACUUGAGGGAGAGCACCACUGUCACUCGGCGUCGCACGUCUGUUCCCACUCGAACAUGGCCAAGAUCAAGGCGGCCUUGGAUGAUCUCCGGCUGAGCAUCCAAGCAGGUCCGCCACGAGCCCCACUAGACUUGUUGAAGAGCCGAGUUCAGAACGCGAGCUGAAACGAAUCAAGUUCGAGUGGCAGCAGGUGACGCGGCUCAUCGACCGACUCAUCAUGUUCGUCUACAUCAUCGUCACGAUCCUCUUCGCCGUCUUCAUGUUGGCGUCGCGCGAAGCCGUCAUUUCUCUUUCGGACGCCACGAUGGACUCUGUCAAAAAGGCCUAG